GAGGACUUUCCUGAGCUCAUUGCCACAGCUGCUGAUGGCUUGGGAAGUACAACUAUAGAUACCACACAACUUAAUAUGUCAGUCACUGAUCCAACAGCUUGGGCUACCGCUAUGAAUAACCUCGGGAUGGUUCCAGUAGGAUUAGCUGGACAACAGCUUGUGACGGAUUCAAUAUGUGUACCAGGCUUUGAUCCAAGCCUCAGCAUGAUGACUGGAAUAACUCCAAUUAACCCGAUGAUACCAGGCAUGGGGUUAGUACCGCCGCCACCACCAACAGAUGUGCCUGUAGUCAAAGAAAUAAUUCACUGCAAAAGCUGUACACUCUUCCCUCCAAACCCAAAUCUUCCACCACCUUCCACGAGAGAGAGACCUCCUGGGUGUAAGACUGUGUUUGUUGGCGGUUUACCAGAAAAUGCUACUGAGGAAAUUAUUCAGGAAGUCUUUGAGCAGUGUGGAGAUAUUACAGCUAUUCGGAAAAGCAAGAAGAAUUUUUGUCACAUUCGUUUUGCAGAGGAGUUCAUGGUUGAUAAAGCCAUUUACCUUUCUGGUUACCGCAUGAGAUUAGGAUCUAGCACAGACAAAAAGGAUUCAGGUCGCCUUCAUGUUGAUUUUGCUCAGGCAAGAGAUGACUUUUAUGAAUGGGAAUGCAAACAAAGAAUGCUGGCCAGAGAAGAACGUCAUAGGCGCAAAAUGGAAGAAGACAGACUACGACCUCCCUCUCCUCCGGCAAUAAUGCAUUAUUCUGAACACGAAGCUACUUUGCUGGCUGAAAAAUUGAAAGAUGACAGCAAAUUUUCAGAGGCCAUCACAGUGCUGCUUACCUGGAUUGAGCGAGGCGAGGUGAAUCGUCGCUCCGCAAAUCAAUUCUAUUCAAUGGUGCAGUCAGCAAAUAGCCACGUUCGCCGACUUAUGAAUGAGAAAGCCACUCAUGAACAAGAAAUGGAACAAGCCAAGGAGAGUUUUAAAAAUGCCUUAACAGGGAUCCUCACUCAAUUUGAGCAGAUUGUGGCCGUUUUCAACGCUUCUACCAGACAAAAAGCUUGGGACCAUUUCUCGAAAGCUCAGCGAAAGAACAUAGACAUUUGGCGAAAGCAUUCUGAGGAGCUCCGGAAUGCUCACAGCGAACAGCUCAUGGGGAUCCGCCGUGAAGAGGAGAUGGAAAUGUCUGAUGAUGACAGCGGUGACAAUCCCAGUAAAAAGCUGAGAGUAGAUGAAUCAGCUCUAACAGCCCAAGCUUAUGCACUGAAGGAAGAGAAUGACAGCCUCCGAUGGCAGCUGGAUGCUUACAGAAAUGAGGUGGAGCUUCUUAAACAAGAGAAAGGACAACUCUUUCGGACCGAAGAAAGUCUCACAAAGGACCAACAGUUGAAAUUCCUGCAGCAGACAAUGCAAGGCAUGCAGCAGCAAUUGCUGAGUAUACAGGAAGAAUUAAAUAACAAAAAAUCCGAACUGGAGCAAGCAAAAGAAGAACAAACACAUACACAAGCCAGGCUUAAAGUUCUUCAGGAGCAGUUAAAAAGUGCCAAGGAGUUAGCAGAGAUCAACGGCCAUGAUGAAUCUCAGGCAAAUGAAAUCAAUGUGUUGACAGUAGCAUUGGUCAACCAAGAGAGAGAAAAAAAUUCUGAGAAACGAAGCCAAGGUCUAAAAUCAGAGAAAGAGGCACUGUUAAUAGGUAUCAUAUCUACAUUUCUUCAUGUGCAUCCUUUCGGCGCCAAUAUAGAAUACCUUUGGUCUUACAUGCAGCAGCUGGACUCUAGGAUCUCUGCAAAUGAAAUAGAAAUGCUUUUGAUGAGAUUGCCACGCAUGUUUAAACAAGAGUUCACUGGUGUAGGAGCAACAUUGGAAAAGAGGUGGAAGUUUUGUGCCUUUGAAGGAAUUAAAACUACCUGA